AUGGAUGGACGUGGGCAGCGCAUUCUUUAUAUGAAUCCAUUGCAGUUGUUCGCAGAAAGGCUUCGAAUCGGACCCUUCAAUCUCGCCCACAGGAUAUCGUGGAAUCCUUAUCAAUCAUACCAUGUGAUGAUGGACGAGGAUGAGUUUUGGAACUAUGAAAGAGCUCAGGAUGACAUUUCAUUCUCAUCACUCGAUGGUCCAUGGGAGUUGUUCACAGAUAGACUUCGAACGGGGCCUUUCAAUAUUUCUCACAGGAUACUAUUGAAUACUUAUCGGCCAUUCCAAAUGAUGAUGGAUGAAGAAGAGCUUUGGGGCCAUGGAAGAGUUAUGAGUCCGACCUGGCAACAUUUUGUUAGGGCGUCCCCAAUAGAUUUCAGCAACAGAUUUAAUGACGACUACGGUAGCCGUCAAUUGACUUCUGGAGAGGUGGAGACUGUGCUGCAAAAAAUAAAGAGGGAGGUUUAUACGCCGCUUUCUGAAAACUCAGAAGAAGGAAAUAAGGAAAAGGAGGAAAGCGACCCAAUUCCCCAUACGUGCUCGAUUUGUCUGGAAGAUUUUUCUGCCGAGCAACAGCUUUUAUGUCUUCCAUGCAAGCACAAAUUUCACUCGGAGUGUUUGAUGCCAUGGAUAAAACGGAAGGGGCAAUGUCCUGUGUGCAGGUUAGAUCUCACUGGAAGGCCUGCUUCUGUAAAUAAUAUUGAUCAACCCCAAAUGUGGGAGGUGAGAUGGCGUUGAUUAUAAGAGCCAUGGAAGAGGCUUUUCCUUGGCUUAAUCCAUACCCGCGUUAGACUGAGCUGAAAAGAUAGA